UGCUGUUUUAGUUGGUAUCUUUGAGUGGUAUUCAAUGGUAUCGUUUCCUUUUCCGGUCUAGUUAAGCAUUCGGAGGUUAUAAAAGUUAUUAAAAGAUGCAGAAACAAAAGAAAGAACCACUUCCCUCAGUUCAAGUUUUUGGAAGAAAGAAAUCAGCUACAGCUGUGGCUUACUGUAGACGAGGGAAAGGAAAUCUAAGAGUCAAUGGACGUCCUUUGGAAAGAGUUGAACCAUUAAUGCUUCAAGAUAAACUCCAAGAACCAAUUUUGCUUUUAGGGAAGGUAAGCUAACUUGUUAACAAUUAAUCUU